CGCUGCCACUCGAAAAGACAGCAUUCAACAUACUGCGCUACUGUUCGCUGCGUUGUGUAUAGGCGGUGCUAAAUGGGGGGUAUACAGUCGGCCAACGUUGACCGGGAAAACGACGACGCCGACGAGGAAAGUUCAACCAACGCGACGGUCGACGGUCGAGAAUCGGUGCCGGUGGUGGGUGUAGGAAAAACGCUCGUCUCCGUGGCGAAUGGUUGUGAAAAAACGCCACCGGAUGGAUGCACUGACAGCACGGUCGAUGCAGCGCCUCCAUCGGCGCCCAUCCUGGCCGAGACCGACAAAGCAAAAGGCGACGAAGGCGGUAAAGUGCCGGAGAAUGAUGACGACGACGACGAUAUGUUGGCAAAGUGUCGUGCCCGGAAAAUGACAACCGAAUUGGCCGCCUUCCGGGCCGACUUGCAGCAGAAGCGUGGUGUGCAUCUGUCAAAGUUGAUCCAGGUGCGGGAAGAAUUGGAACAGCUGCGGGCAGCGCUGGCCGAGGAGAAGAGCCGCAACCGGGCCCUGAUCAAGUACAUCCAGCAGCAGCAGCAGGAGAACCCGCAAGAGAAAACGCAUCCCCCGGAAGCUAGUUGCAGUUCGUUGAACCUUGGCUGUCAAGCCGAGCGCCGAUCACUGGAAGCGCACGAGAUGAGAGAGCGCGAGCGAUCAUCUCGGCUCGAACAAAGCACGAUCACCGCCGCCGUCGGUGACGAUCGUUCUGACACCACCACCACCAUCACUACUACUACUAGUGAUGCUGCUACUAAUACUACUACUAUCACUGACGAUGAACGGCGCUCGCUGAAGAAAGAACUCGCUGAGUCACAGCUCGAAUUGCAGCAGGUCACCGGCGAAACGUUGGCGCUUCGCUCGGAGCUCGCUCAGUUGCGGACGCAGCUUCACGCGCUGCAGGACGAAACGCUCGCCGAGAGCAGUCGACAGAACGGUGCGAUCCGCGCGCUGAAGGCGCAACUGGCCGAAGCGCAGUUCCAGCUGCAGAUCGCCCAAGCCGAGGCCCUCUCCUUGCAGACCGACGUCGGGCAGCUCCGGAAGCAAGUGCAAACGCUCAAGGACGUCAUCAAGGCCGGCAAAGAGAUCAUCUCGAUCCGCGAGGAUCAGGUCGAGCAGCUGAAAGGGAAGCUGCGGCAGAUCGAGGACACGCUACAGGAGCGCGAGCUGCAGAUUAUGUCCGACGAUUUGCGUCGGGAGUAUGACAGACAGCUGACAAACAUUCGUAACCUGCGAGAUCUGUACGAGGAGCGUGAGCGCGUCUCGAGGAUGGAGCGCGACAACUUGCUGCGCCAAUUGGACCUGAAGAAGAGCGAGCUGGUGACCGAGCAGGAAAGGAACAAAAACUUGGAAGCACUGGUGGAAAGUUUGCAGUCCGAUCUGACCUGUCUGCGGGCCGAGCGGGAGCAAACGGACGAGAAGCUGUCCCACUCGCAGGCGCAGACGAAGCAGCUACAGCUGGAGAUGGGUGUCGUGAACCAGUUCAUCUCCAAGUUCCUGCUCGGCAUGAGCCGCAAGCCGACGGCCAACGAGAUCAACAUUGACAAGCUGGCGGCCGUGCUGGAGGAGAACCGGGCGCUGCUGAUCGCGAUGACCAAGGAUGAGGCGGAAACCGUCGACACCGGGGCCUUCCUGCCGCGGGCCCUCUACGAUCUGAUAGCCGAGGUGGACGAGGAGGCGAACGUAGAGUCCGAGAUAGCGGACGCACCCCCGAAGGAGGACGCCACCGUCGAAGCGGACAGUGAGGGAAGCGGUGCCGAGGACGCCGAGUUUACCGACGUGCAGAAGGCUUCGCCGGAACAGAUUGCUGACAAGUUGCCAAAAGUGUGGCGUGUGCUGAUUGAGUUGGUGAAUCACCAAGAACGGGCCCAGCCCGUACCGUUUGUGGAGGGCGGAGAAAGCGAGGAGUGCCUCCAGUCGGUGCAGACACGCAACGGGCCCAAAACGGUUGUCAGCGUGAGCAAGACGUACAUCAAGUUGAAGGACCUGAUACUGGAGAAGAAGGCGUUGAAGAGGGAAACGAACCGGUUGAAGACGCUAAACGUGCACCUCGAGCGGCGGCUGGAAACGCAGGAGAAGCGCCUGAGUGUCGUGAGCCUGGAGUUGACGAAAACUUGGCACCUGGUGGGGAAAAUGCAGCGCCAGCAUCGUCAGCUCCACACUCAGGAGCAAAUCUUGCGCUACCAUCUGCAGCAGAAGCGCCGACUGCUGUGCGAGCUGAAGGAGGAACUGGAGUACUGCCGGCUGAAAUGGUCGGCCGCGCGCCAGAAGAACAUCGAGUCCGAGGAUCAAUGGCGGUCGCUGAAGGCGGACUUUGCCGCGCGCCGCAAACAGGACUCGCUGAACAACUCGGGCGAGAGCGGGUACAGCGACGAGCAGCCGUCGGACGACGACGAAGACGCCGAUGGCGGAGUGUCUCGGAAGGCGGCCAUUCCGGCGGCCGGAUGUAGCGGGUUGAGCUCGCUGGUUCCGGCCCCGGCCAUCGUGAUGCGGUUCGAGCGCCAGCUUCUCAGCAGCUCGCUAACGAACAUCUAUCAAGCGAUUAGCACGGUGCGGAAGGUGCACAGCGAGUCCGAUAUGAAGUCGCUCGAGAACGUCGAGCGGGCAAAUCGGUUUUGUAAUGAAAAAAUCGAAGAUUUGCCUCCAUUUCCCGACGGUGACGAUGAAGACGACGUUGACACGGAAGCUUCCGGGCUUCCGGGCGCGAAGGCGAACCCAGUUCCCACAAUGCCAACCACACCACCGACGGCGACGACGACUGGGACGACGAGAACGACGGGGAAGCGGGGCCGGAAGAAGCGUAAAAACACGAGUGGCCCCGAAACCGCCCAGGACAUGUUUUUGCGGCUGAUGAAUCUCGGGCACCCGGAGUUGCCGGACGAGGCGCAGGAGCCGGAACAGGAAGACGACGAGACGGAGGAGGGCACGGGAAACGAUAAUGCCGAGGGCGAGUAUAGUGUCAACGAAAGUGCAAGUGAGCUGAGCGAAGAAGAGCUGGAGGUGGCCGUAGUGGCACCGGAACCGGAGGAGCUAUCGAGCGAGGAGCUGUUCCAGCAGAAACGGGAAGCACGUCUGCAGCGCAUGGCGGAACUGAACUCCCGUCUCGACCAGUACUCCGAGCAGACCACGGACCACGGACAGCAGAGGGCAGCACCGGGCGGGCCGGAAGGUGCGCUGAGUGAGGACGAAGAGAAGUAUCUUCAAAGACGUGCCGCACGCUUGGAACGACUGGAGCGGGAAGCGCAGGAGUUCCGCAAUCGGCUUUCAAAAACGGUAAACCGAGGGACGGAGAUAGCGGCCCAGAUCGAUGAGAUUCACAGUGGGUUUAUGGCCCGGCAAGCGGAGUCCUGCUCGUCCCCCGUGCCAGGGUCGUCCGGUCUUGCUAGCUCCAGCUCCGCCAGUGGGUCAGGUCCGCCGACCGUAGAUGUGUCCUGCUUGACCGAUAAGGAGCGUGAGUACACUUCGGCCCGGUCGGAGCGGUUGGCGCGGCUCGAGGACGACAGCAAGAGUCUGCUGCGGCAGAUGAACCAGACCAUGCGUAGGGGAUCGAGCCUGACAACAAAGCUUGACAUGCUGCACUCGCGCUAUGCUGCCGAGGUCCCGGCUGCCGCGGACAGCAAUCCAUCACCCGAGUGUGCUCCGGACCAGACCAACAGCGAGCCGCAGGAAUCGGUCGAAUGCGUUGAACCUGCCUCGUCCGUGACGUCAGAAGACGCCGGCGCCGUAAAUGAAGCCCUGCUACCCGGACCGUAUUCUCCCAUGGGCCCAGUUGAGCUGGUACUGGUAUCGGACGACGACGAUGGUGACGAAAACCCGGAGGUGGUCCGGGCUGGUCCGGGCUCAAGUUCGCAGCCCGAGGGCGACUCGCAGUAACAGUGAGCGCGCCGGGGUUCCCGAUUUAAACCUACCUCGUACCGGAAAAAGACACCAACUACACCCGUGGAUAGCCGGGUUUGGGUACCAACUAGCUACCGAACGGGGGUUUCCAUUACUUCCAUUGAGAAACGCCCGCAAGGCACUCACUGCUCCGGUCCGGGCGUUGGUUGCCGUACGAAAAUAAGAUUAAAUUAAGAUAAUUAACUCCACAUCAAAUAAACCACAUGUAUUACUUCCGCUAUGGCCGCUUUCGGUUCGUGUAUUGUUGGCGUCGGAACAAUGUUGAAAACCCGGCGACGGCCCGGUUUCUGUCUG